AUGCCCUGUCGAAAGGAAAACUACAUUUUCCUGGAGCAGUCCGUCACCGUCGACUCCAAAGAAGUGGACGCCUUGGUGACGAAAAUCGGCGAGGCGCUGCAGCUCCACAACAAUAGCGGCGGCCAUGCGAAGAAGACCGCCUGCCUGCACGGACUCACCGCCGGCGUGGGGAGCGUGGUCACCCCGGCGGCAUUGCUCGGAGGCCCGGCAAGCACGACCACCGCCAACACCAAUGCCAACGGGGCGUCGCUUCCCAAGCGGCAAGGCUGCUGCAUGCGGCUGCGGAACCGCGGAAGCAGCCGGGCGAGCCCUUACCACAUCCCCGGCUCGAGAGACCAGGAAUGGGACCAAAUUAAACCGUGGAACAAAAAACGGCUUCACACCGAUGAGGACGACCCGCAUCGCCUGCUACAAGAGCUCAUCCUAUCGGGUAACCUGAUUAAAGAGGCCGUGAGGCGGCUGCAAUUCUCCGGAGCGGACUGUGGUGACUUCCCUAAGACGGCGGACAACGUGCCAUGCUGA